AUAAAGAACUCCCAGAACAGGAUUUUGCACUUAAUCAUUUGUGUACUCUACCAUUUACUUUGUAUUCGGCCCAAUAGCGGUCCAGUUGUAAAUGGGGCUCCCAAGCCCAAGACUUGGGAGCCCAGCCUGCAUUUUUCCUAUAAAUACUUCCUCUGGAGGUAGUUGUAGGAGUUGAUAAAUUCAUUAAUUACAGAACUUAUUGCACUUCUCUCUCUAGCUCUCACUUCUCUCUAGACUUAUAGUCUAUCAAAACCACAUUCAUUACGGUCGGACUGCUUUGUCAAGACCAUUCUAACAAAAAUGAUGUUUGUACACACUCUUAUACACACUUUGUGUGUAAACAUCCAUUAACAUCAAUAAUGACACUCUUCGCACGGGCACAUGCCAGCCGGUAUUUCUACGGGUGUUAACCGUUAUGCCAGCCACUCUUCGAACUGGCACAUGCUAACGAUUUAGUAGGAUCAAUAAUGGGGGCCUCUUCCUCAUUAAUCGUCACUCCCAUACGCAUCUAAGUUUCUCCUGUUCUUCAUAGCUCACUCAAUCAUACUUCUCCAAUCUUAUUCAGAUUUCGUAGAAGCAUAGGACGCUCCAUUGAAUUAAAUCGACGAGUUCUGUGGCUUAGGUUUCAGAUUUCUCCGGAUUCAGAGUCCAUGGCCGAAUCAGUAAGAUAAUCUUUGAUUUCAUAUUUCUACACACUCAGCUAGCCUUCAUCGCUCGUAGUCCCGCUCCAGCCUCCGGUGCCUAGGAAUCACGGAAACAUUUUGGAGACGUUAUCAAAACGGGUUUUAUCUGCAGCGACGCGCAUUUCUCUGUAAAAGACAUCCCUUUAGACUACCGCACAUAAGCCUAUCGGCCGACCGGCCCGACCACGCUGAAACUGAAACGGGAGAUACUGAACAGUGAAUACUUGCGAAUCGGCAAACGGCUAGUCGACCAGAGCUUAUCAAUCUCCCCUGUCCGACUGGGAGUUUGGGACUUGCAGCAAACGGGAUGCGAGGGAAGAGGCUUGCGGGGGGCGGCUAGUAUCGGCACUUCGGCAUUCUCCAAUCCAGAUUUAAUUGCAGUCGUAGAGUCUGUGCUUCCCAGGUGGCGAUUCCCUGUUCAGCAGCUCUUUUGUAAGCUUCUCGUCCCUCUGCGUGGCUCUUAUUUGCAUCCGCUGUCCCUGGGCGUGCGUCGGCGUGCUUAAGUAUACAAAAAGUAUACUACGUAUUACUUUGAGUGGGUUUCGAAGUAUCCUUCUGGACUUCUGAUACGCCGCAGAUGAAUGUUGUUAUAGCGAUUAAUAAAUAAUGUGGAAGCUCAAGACAGCAGAAGGAGGUAGCCCAUGGCUGCGGACUCUGAACAGCCACGCCGGCCGUCAGACUUGGGACUUCGAUCCGAACCUUGGCACUCCCGAAGAAUUGGAGGAGAUCGAAAAGUUUCGCGAGAAUUUUCGCAAGAACAGAUUCCAACAGAAACACAGUUGGGAUCUUCUAAUGCGUUAUCAGUUUGCUAAGGAGAACCCGGUAAGCACACUGUUACCUCAAGUAACAGUAAAGGACAAUGAAGAUGUUACAAGAGAUAAAGUAACUACAACCCUGAAAAGGGCAGUAACUUUUCAUUCGAGCAUACAAGCUCAAGAUGGUCAUUGGCCAGGAGACUAUGGAGGUCCAAUGUUUUUAAUGCCUGGUUUGGUAAUUGCUCUUUCUGUUACUGGGGCAUUGAAUACAGUGUUAGCAAAAGAGCAUAGACGUGAGAUGUGCCGUUAUCUUUACAAUCACCAGAAUAGUGAUGGUGGCUGGGGUUUGCAUAUUGAAAGCCACAGUACCAUGUUGGGUUCUGUUUUAAGCUAUGUUACCUUAAGACUCCUUGGGGAGGGAGCUAAUGAUGGAGGUGGGGCAAUGGAGAAGGGCCAGAAAUGGAUUCUAGAUCAUGGUGGUGCCACAUAUAUAACAUCGUGGGGAAAAAUGUGGCUCUCAGUGCUUGGCGUAUUUGAAUGGUCAGGAAAUAACCCUCUUCCUCCGGAAAUAUGGCUUCUUCCGUAUUUUAUUCCAAUCCACCCAGGAAGAAUGUGGUGCCACUGCCGGAUGGUUUAUCUGCCUAUGUCCUACUUGUAUGGGAAAAGGUUUGUUGGUCCAAUUACGCCAGUAGUUUUAUCUUUGAGGAAGGAGUUAUUCACUGUCAUGUAUCAUGAAAUCAACUGGGACCAGGCACGGAACCAAUGCGCAAAGGAAGAUCUUUUUUACCCUCACCCUCUAGCACAGGACAUACUUUGGGCUGCACUUCAUAAGCUUGUUGAACCUGUUUUGAUGUGUUGGCCUGGUAAAAAGUUGAGAGAUAAAGCUCUUCGCACUGUUAUGGAACACAUACAUUAUGAAGAUGAAAACACUAGAUACAUAUGCAUUGGCCCUGUAAACAAGGUGUUAAAUAUGCUUUGCUGUUGGGUUGAAGAUCCUGAGUCAGAAGCUUUCAAACUGCAUCUCCCAAGACUUUCUGAUUACAUUUGGGUGGCAGAAGAUGGCAUGAAAAUGCAGGGAUAUAAUGGCAGCCAAUUGUGGGACGCUGCAUUUGCUGUUCAAGCAAUCAUAUCUACUGACCUUGUUAAUGAAUAUGGUAAAACUUUGAGAAAAGCGCAUGAAUACAUAAAGAACUCCCAGGUAUUAGAUGACUGCCCAGGAAAUCUAGAUAGCUGGUAUCGUCAUAUCUCAAAAGGUGCUUGGCCUUUCUCAACUGCAGACCAUGGAUGGCCCAUAUCAGAUUGUACUGCAGAGGGAUUGAAAGCAUCUUUGGCGUUAUCUAAGUUACCUCUAGAAGUUGUUGGGGAGCCAUUAGACACCAAGUGUUUGUUUGAUGCUGUAAACGUUAUACUCUCAUUACAGAAUUUAGAUGGUGGCUAUGCGACCUAUGAACUGACAAGAUCGUAUCCAUGGUUGGAGUUAAUCAACCCUGCUGAGACUUUUGGUGAUAUUGUCAUUGAUUACCCUUAUGUUGAGUGUACUUCAGCUUCGAUUCAAGCGUUGACAGCAUUUAAGAAAUUGUACCCUGGACAUAGAAGAGAAGAAUUGGAACAUUCAAUUGAAAAAUCUGCAAAGUUCAUUGAGAAGAUUCAAAAACCAGAUGGCUCAUGGUAUGGCUCUUGGGGUGUUUGCUUCACUUAUGGCACAUGGUUUGGGGUAUUGGGACUCGUGGCUGCUGGAAGGAACUUUAGCAAUUCUUCCAGCAUUCGCAAGGCUUGUGAUUUUCUGAUGUCAAAACAACUUCCUUCUGGUGGCUGGGGGGAGAGUUAUCUAUCUAGUAGUACAGGGGUUUAUACAAAUAUCCAAGGCAACAGAUCUCAUGUAGUACAUACAGCGUGGGCUAUGCUGGCCCUAAUUGCUGCUGGACAGGCUGAGAGGGAUUUGACUCGGUUACAUCGUGCUGCUAAAGUAUUAAUAAAUUCUCAGUUGGAAAAUGGAGAUUUUCCUCAACAGGAAAUAGUAGGAGUCUUCAACAAGAACUGCAUGAUAUCAUAUUCUGCCUAUAAGAACAUAUUCCCAAUGUGGGCAUUGGGAGAAUACUGCAAUAAGAUUCUGAAAGACAGCCAGCCGUGAGUGAAAGAACAGUUCCCAGUUUAUGCCACCUCCAUUUGUUUAUUUUUUUACCUUACUUCAGUUGCAACUUGCAAGUAACUUUUUUUUUGUUUUCCCUACUAUGUUGAUUUUCCGCAAUGUUUUCACCCUUGUUACUUGUUGUUUUAUCUAGCUACUACUUCACAUUACUCAGGGCACCUGCUGCUUUUGACAAGGUGUUUUAUGAGAACCGUUUCUGUAGUAAACAAAUCCGGUCCGGUCCCAAACAGUACCGUACCUGGAUGGACCGCCGGACCGGGUCCACCCAUAGGACUAAGUAUGUUUUAUUACCCGAAUUUGACUUUAGUUCUAUUAGAAAGAAUAUGUUAAAUGAGACCAAUUGUUGCUUCCCAAAAUGGAGUGAAUGUUCAUAUUUUGAGAAUAAAAUAAUAGUAGUCUUA